AUGGUGAUGGGCAUCUUGUUGGAGCACCUCUUCCUCACCUUGGUGAUGGUGAUGAUGAUGGUGGUGAUGAUCGUGAUGACCAUCGGCAGCGGCUGUGACAUCAUCCACAAUCACUACAGUAGAGUCAUGGUGAUGAUUGUUCAUUUGAUCGUGCAUGUGUUGAUGUUGAUGUUGAUGGAGUGGAUGAUGGCCAUGAUCGUGAUGAUCAUCAUGGGUAACUCCAACAUGUAUAUCACCAACGUUUGGAUGUAUGACAAUCUGCUCACCAUCUUGCAUCUCAGUAUCAUGAUGAUGGUGUUGUUGCUGUUGAUCAUGGUGUCCAAGACCAUGACCAUGUCCAUGAUGAUCUGA